AUGGAGCUUGCGACGUAUCUGCUGUCAGACGGACAGACCCAACAGGGCCCGGCGUUCCUCCAACGAGCCAGGAUUUCUUUCCAAGAAUCUGUGGAACCCGAAGCCAGUGACGAUGUAUCCACGGUCGAGCAUGCGCACUCUUCUCAAACCAUCGUCGGAGUUUCCGAGCCACCGUCGCCAGAGGGCCGAGAUGGUGAGGCCGAAGCGCCCGCCUUGCCGUCGGUGCUGUCAAACCUGCUCAAGACGUCACCUGCCCGGUCGAUUGCACAAGACCAACCACAUGCCUCCGACUACGAUGACAAUGGCGAUGAUAAUCAAACUCGGACCGGGCAACGUCGGGCCAACCAUUCUACACACGAUAUGUCAGAGCACAAUCCUCUACUUUCACGGGUUACUUCGGGCGGUAGGAGAUCUUACAUGUCGGAUCUCGAGGGACAAAAACCCCAAGCGAGACGCCCAUGGAUCAGUGAUUUGGUGGAGGUUGGGCAUAAGAUGGAAGAACGGAUGAGCUAUGGUGUUGCAGUUGCUGUCAGUCCAAGCCGAUGGGAUCGAAAAGCACUUUGGCAUAACUGUGUGCUUACACCAGUCUCGUGCUUGCCGGUCGUCGCAGUCGGUCUUCUGCUUAAUAUCUUGGAUGCUUUAUCAUACGGCAUGGUUCUCUUCCCUUUGGGAAGGCCGAUUUUCUCUCAUCUGGGGUCCGCUGGAAUCUCUGUUUUCUACGUCAGUACUAUUGUAUCGCAAAUCACAUUCUCAUCCGGAAGCAUAUUCAAAGGUUCAGUUGGUUCUGAGCUGUUGACCAACAUCACCCAGAUCGAGGUGGUUCCCUUCUUCCACAACAUGGCCGCGAAGAUCACUGAAGUGGUUGGGGAGGGCAACCCGGAUGCCGUGAUAGCCACCACUAUUGUGUCAUUUUCUCUCAGCGCCAUGAUGACCGGCCUGGUGUUUUAUCUCAUGGGACGGUUUAAGGUUGGCUAUGUGGUGGGAUUUAUUCCCAGACAUAUCUUACUUGGCUGCAUUGGCGGCGUCGGGUGGUUCCUUGUCGCAACCGGAUUUGAGGUCUCAGCUCAACUCAAUGGCAGACUUCAGUACGACCUCGACACGUUGAAGCAACUAAUAGACCCUGCAACUGUGCCCCUCUGGGUAACACCCCUUGUGUUUGCCAUUGUUCUGUUUUAUGGCCAGUCCAAAAUCACGUCCAAGUUUUUCCUGUCCAUGUUUAUUCUAGCGAUUCCCCUAAUCUUCUAUUUCUUUGUGUUUGCACUCGAUGCCUUGGACGUGGAUGUUCUACGCGACCAUGGCUGGAUCUUCCGAGGCCCUCCUUCUGAUGAGCCAUGGUGGUAUUUCUAUACACUUUAUAACUUCAAGCUUGUCCGCUGGGACGCUGUUGCAGAAACCAUUCCCGCCAUGCUCGCCUUGACCUUCUUCGGCUUUCUGCACGUUCCGAUCAACGUCCCUGCCUUGGCUCUCAACCGUGGCGAGGAUCAUCUUGAUCUGAACAAGGAGCUAAGGCUUCAUGGCUACUCCAACUUCCUCUCCGGUUGCUUUGGCAGCAUUCAGAAUUACUUGGUCUAUGCGAACACCGUCUUUUUCAUGCGGUCGGGCGGGAACGUUCGCCUUGCUGGCUACAUGCUGGCAGCAGCAACCUUCGGAGUUAUGGUAGUCGGCCCAUCUCUCAUUGCUUUCAUCCCUGUUAUGAUGGUGGGCACUUUGGUCUAUGACCUCGGCUUUGAGCUUCUGGUUGAAGCUCUUUGGCUCCCCCGUAAGAGGCUCAAACUGUCCGAGUACCUUACCGUAGUCGUGAUUGUACUCGUCAUGAGUGUUCACGACUUCGUGGUAGGAAUUGGCGUCGGCAUCCUGUUGGCCUUUGUGUCGCUCGUUCUGCAGACAUCACGAGUGUCUGCUAUCCGCGGAAACUACUCGGGCGAUAUUGUCACAUCUACCGUGAGACGCAACCCAUCACAGCAUCAUUAUCUACAUGAUGCGGGACAGCAAAUCUAUAUCGUCAAGCUUACGGGCUAUCUCUUCUUUGGCACUAUUGUCAGUGUAGAAGAAAAGGUUCGGGGUCUUCUGGAUGAUAGCACCUUCGCCAAGCAUCCCAUCAAGUUCUUGAUUUUGGACAUGUGGCAUGUUACCGGGCACGAUUUCUCUGCGGGGGAGGCUUUCAACACCAUUAGUCGGCUGCUCGAUAAUAAAGGCGUGAUUCUUGUCUUGAGUGGCUUGGAUGCUGAGAACCAGCUUGGACAGAAUUUGAGGGCGGCCGGAUUGGGAAGCGAUGGCAUCGGAGUCAUGAUGUUGCCUAGCCUGAACUCCGCGUUGGAAAGCUGCGAAAACGAGCUCCUUAAGACUCUCUAUGCUAGACAGGAAGAGCUGAAAUCUCUGAAGCGCAUGUCCCCUCAACACUUGGAUGUGCCUCCAGCUAAGACUUCCAGUCUAUCCUCCUUUGAUUCCCCAUUCAACUCACCUCGCCGCAACCAUCUCGCCGAGGCCGCCCACGAUGCUUUGACCAGUGUUGAGGUUCAGCGUCCAUCCGAGUGGCAGAGUUUCAAGGAGCCUCUCCGCCUCAUGCUCCAGAUCUUCCAGGGCUUAAGCGACCAGAACGAGGUUUUCUGGUUCCCAGCAACUUUAUACUUUACACGUCGAGAGUACCCCACCGGCACCAAUAUCUUCCGAUGUGGAGAACAAGCCAACGGAUUCUAUCUCGUCGAGCGAGGCAUCAUCCGCGCGGAAUACCACCUGCCACAAGGCAGGUUGUGCGAGAGCAUCUUGGCAGGAACGACAUGUGGCGAGCUGCCUUUCUUUUCGGAGACAGAACUGACAGCGACGGCUGUUGUGGAAAGAGAUUGUGUGGUCUGGCGGAUGGAUCAAGACCAGUGAACAAAGAUUCAAAAAGAAG